CUCCCGAAGGCGCUUGUUUGUUUCCGGCGGUUGCUGGUUUCCAUAGAGACACUUCCGGGCGGCAGAGUCAAGUGAGAAUUGGAGUGUGAGGUGGCCACAGCGGAGAAUGGCGAGAGCGGGGGUCGGCAAGGCUUUCUCUUCCGGGAGGAUUCCGAUUCCGGGCAGAUCUCUGAGCAGUAAGAAGAGGAUCGCCCCCAGGAAGGCCUCCACCGCGCCUGCUGUUUCCGGAUACUCUCUGUGCUCCACCGACUCCGAAGAUCAGGUUUUAGUCAUCAAUAGAGGUCUGGACCAAUGUGCGGUGUUAUUACAAGACAUCCUGCAGAGCGAAGGACGAGAGAACACAACAAAGAGAACUCAUGUGAAAUCUUCAGGAAGAGUGAAGAAGAACGCAGUGAAGAAGCCGUCUACCGCGUCACAUGUGCACAGAGAGAAAGGUGGGUGGGUGGGGUCUGUGCUGUCCAAUCGCAGAGCUCAUCCCAUGAUGUCAUUGAAGGAAGUUGGUGUUAUUGUCAGGAAGUCGGCACCUUGGAGGGGUUCUAGUAAUGUGGAGGUUCAGAGACCCCCCGGGACGGCCUCGUCUACCGCACCGCCCCCCACAAGCUGUGACCACGUCCAAUCACAGAUGCAGCUUCUGAACAGAGGAAUGCGCAGUGCUGCGUCAGGUCCCGAAUCGGCCGUAUUGUUUAAUUGUCGCUUAGCAACGUCAACCCCGACCCUGACCCUGUCACCUCGACAGUCAGCAGACCCUCAGGUGAGGAAUUUUAUGGUGGACCUACCGCUCAGAUCUCUGGAGGAGGGGGCGAUCCUCCCGCUCAGAUCUCUGGUGGAGGGGGCGAUCCUCCCGCUCAGAUCUCUGGUGGAGGGGGCGAUCCUCCCGCUCAGAUCUAUGGAGGAGGGGGCGAUCCUACCGCUCAGAUCUAUGGAGGAGGGGGCGAUACUUGAAGCUCAACCGACCUGCCAAGCUGACCAGCCCAGUAAUUCUAACAAGCAGAUAUCGGACUCGGAUCUCCUGCAGUGUGUCGCCGCACACUUGGCACAGCUGCACAGUGAAAAAGAGAGUCUCGCGACAGAGACCGAGGAGACGUCCAGUGACGACGAGGAGGUCAUGAUGGACAAGGCCACUGCCAGAGACAUCAGCUGUCAGACGAGCUUCAACGGGAAUAAAAAGAGCAGCCCGAAAAAAACCGAAGAGAAGAUCAAAACGGUGAAAUAUCUUCUGGGAGAGAUCAAGGCUCUGGUGGCCGAUCAAGAUGACGGGGAGGCUCUGCGUCUGGUGACGGAGCUGGAGCACAGUUUGUCUCUUCUGCCGGCGGUGGUGGGGAGUACCAAUGUUCUUGCAGAGAUUGCUCUGGCCCUUCAGCCCCUGCGGAGUGAGAACACCCAACUGCGGAGGAGAUUGCGAAUACUGAACCAGCAGCUGAGAGAGCGGGAGAGGACAGGGAGAUCGGACGAGCAGAGCUCUGAAGUGACGUCCCUCCAGUUUAUGAAUGAUACAUUGCAGCAGCAGUUGAUAGAGUCCCACAAAAGCCUCCAGUCCCAGCAGAAGAAGACGGAGGAGCUUCUGAAGGUGAUGGAGACCCAGAUAGAGGAGAACAAAACCCUUUCCCAGAUCAUCCAAGAGAAGGAAGAGGAAAUCCUUCAGAUUUUGCAGCAGAAUGACAUCACAUCCUCCAGGGUGAGAACCGACGCGGCGGGGAACAUGAAGAGCCUCCAGUUUAAGUUGGAGUCUGCGGAGAAAGAGAGUCAGAUUCUGGCGAUAACGCUGCGGCAGAGAGAUGCGGAAGUCACGCGACUGCGAGAACUCACACGGACUCUGCAAGCCAGCAUGGCCAAACUUCUAUGUGACCUGGGCAAGGACAAGACCAGAGCCCGGCCUGGAGGUCAGCUGACCCAGGCCGCACUGGACAGCUAUGACAAGCAGCUCCGCACUGACCAGUGUCCGGCCAGCACCUCCAUCAUCAGCUACCUCAAGAGAUUAGAGAUGGAUCAAGUGAUCCCAACUGCCGCUGAUCAGCCGGAUCCCGCUGUGCCUGCCUACCACACGGGACUGACCUCUGACCCCAGCGACGACUUUAUGAUGAGCAAAGGUCAUAUUCAUUAUCAGAGACCAGAGCCCUCCGUCUCCUCCAUCCCCUCACACAGCCCCCAAAAACUCAGAACAGAAUCUUGUUCCCUGAUUGGUGAUGAGUACAAGCCGGACGAGACCACCUAUUUACCGCUGGCAAGCAGCCCACACAAAGCCAACUUUGCGCCAUCUGCCCGACUGAUGUGCACCCCGCCGAAGCUCUGCAGUGCAGAGAGAGACGUCGGGGACCAGAUAAAUGACUUUGGCGCUUCUGAGAGGAACCGUACAAUUCAAAGGGGCUCAUUCAAUGCCGCGGACACAUCGGAUAAGCCCACCAAGGUUCAAGAAUCAGAUGUGCCAAAAACUAGGGUGUCCUCCGGGGGUCAUCUUCCUCCUCAUCUGAGGGACCUGCGGAUCAGUCGCCUUAAUGACCCAUCGGCGCGCGACGUCAUGUCUGCAACAUCCGAUUGGUCCAUCGCCUCUGUCUCCACUUUCACCUCCCACGAUGAGCAGGAUUUCCGGACCGGUCUGGCUGCUCUGGAUGCCAAUAUCGCUAAAUUGCAGAGGACUUUACAAAGCGCCGCCAAGAAAUAA